AUGUUAAGUAUCUCGAUAUAUAUAGGAAAAGACUUUUCGGCACUUCAAGGGCAGCCGUUUGGUAAUCAUGAAAGAGCUUUCCUUUAUGAGGGUGUACCUGACUACUCCGAGGUUGUUUCAAUGGAGCUUUCUGGUGAGUACAUCGACAAAUUAUCACCGAUACGGGAUGACAGAGGGCAAAUGCUUUUGUUAGCCUCCACGAAUGAAAACGUGCGCGACCAACUACGAACUAUUGCGCGAGAUAAUUUGCACCGACGAAUGCGAAUGAUAGACCUUGAAUACCAUCCAUAG